AUGGAUAAUAAGGAAAGCAUCAAGUUAUACGUAAAGAAAGUAAUAGAACACCGAGAAGUUGAAAGUAAAAUAAAAAAAUUAAGACUAGAUAUAAAAGAGUUGAAUAAAAAGUAUGAAAAAACGGAAGAUAAUUUAAAAGCCUUACAAAGUGUAGGUCAAAUAAUAGGACAAGUAUUAAAACAAUUAGAAGACGAAAAGUUUAUUGUAAAGGCAUCAAGUGGACCGAGAUAUGUAGUAGGGUGUAAAUCUAAAAUUAAUAAAAGCAAAUUAGUAAUCGGUACAAGAGUAUCAUUAGAUAUGACUACCUUAACAGUAAUGAAAAGAUUGCCUUGUGAAGUAGAUCCUUUAGUAUUUAAUAUGAUAAGUGACAUAGAUAAAAGUGAAAAUAGUAAAAAUAAAGUUAAUUAUAAUCAAAUAGGAGGGUUAAGUGAGCAAAUAAGACAAAUGAGAGAAGUAGUAGAAUUACCAAUACUUAAUCCAUUUUUAUUUAAAAGAGUAGGGAUCAAAACUCCAAAGGGAGUAUUAUUAUAUGGACCUCCGGGUACUGGAAAAACAUUAUUAGCUAGAGCUAUGGCAUCUAACAUUAAUUGUAAUUUUAUGAGAAUUGUUGUUUCAGCAAUUGUCGAUAAGUAUAUUGGUGAAAGUGCUAGAAUUAUUAGAGAAAUGUUUACAUAUGCAAAAGAACAUCAACCAUGUAUUAUUUUUAUGGAUGAAAUUGAUGCCAUAGGGGGUAGAAGAUUUUCUCAAGGAACUUCUGCAGACAGAGAAAUUCAAAGAACACUCAUGGAAUUAUUAAAUCAUUUAGAUGGUUUUGAAGAAUUAGGAAAUGUGAAAAUUAUUAUGGCUACUAAUAGACCAGAUGUCUUAGAUCCAGCUUUAAUCAGACCUGGUAGAUUGGAUCGAAAAAUUGAAAUUCCAUUACCUAAUGAAACGGCAAGGAUUGAAAUUUUAAAAAUUCAUGCAAAUAAAAUGACAAAGCUAGGGGAUAUCGAUUAUGAAUCUGUUUGUAGAUUAUGUGAUGGUUUUAAUGGGGCAGACCUUAGAAAUGUAUGUACAGAAGCUGGGAUGUUUGCAAUUAGGGCUAUGCGAGAUUAUGUUAUUGAGGAAGAUUUUUAUAAAGCCGCAAGGAAAAUUAAUGAAGCCAAGAAAUUAGAAGGAAAAAUAGAGUACGAAAAGAUAUAG